AUGUCAAGUAUUCACGCCUUGUCCGACGACCAGGUCGGACAAGAACUCCGCAAAAUGACCGCCUUCAUCAAGCAAGAAGCCGAAGAAAAAGCCCGCGAAAUCGAAAUCAAAGCCAACGAAGAAUUCUCCAUGGAAAAGGGCAAGCUCGUCCUCCAGGAGACCGACGCCAUCGACGCCGCCUACGCCAAAAAGUUCAAGCAGGCCACCAUGUCGCAGCAAAUCACCCGCUCCACAGUCGCCAACAAGACCCGUCUCCGCGUCCUGGGUGCCCGUCAGGAGUUGCUCGACGACAUCUUCCAGGCGGCCGAGAAGAGGCUUAGCGAGGGGACCAAGGACAAGGACAGGUACGAGGGCAUCCUCAAGGAUUUGAUUCUGGAGGGGUUCUAUGCGAUGAACGAGCCGGAGCUGCAGAUUAGGGCGAGGAAGGCAGAUUAUGAGCUGGUCAAGAAUGCGAUUGAGAAGGCGGAGGGGGAGUAUAAGGAGAAGACGGGGAGGGAGGUCAAGGCGACGAUUGAUGAGGAGAAUGAGGUUGCUGAGGGGAGCGCCGGUGGUGUGAUUAUUGUUGGUGGCAACGGCAAGAUCGACAUUGACAACACUUUGGAGGCCAGGCUGGAUCUGCUAAAGGAGAGCGCCCUUCCCGCCAUGCGCAAGGCUCUGUUUGGCGAGAACCCCAACCGCAAGUUCUUUGACUAA